AUGUACGUGGCUGAAGUUGACCAGCGAGACUGGGAUGAGUAUGCUGAGCGGCUCACAUUUGCCAUUAACACUGCACAAGAUCGGAUCCGGGGGGAUACCCCGUUUUAUCUGAUUCAUGGGUGGGACCCGCGAUCGACUUUGGAGGCUACGCUACCAGUGGGGAAUACGGGGACACGAGAUCGCGAUCCAAAGAGGUGGAGAUACAAAAUCCAAAGACAAUACCAGCGAGCCCGGUCUGCAGUGAACGAUCGUUUACGAGCCGCGAUCCAGGAGCGAGCGGAUCGACACAACGAAGAUCUGGAACCACACGAGAUCGAAGUAGGAGCGCAAGUUUGGCUAUACCUGGACCGAGUUAAAGAGGGAUAUGCGAAGAAGCUAGCGCACAUGUGGCAUGGGCCAUUCCGAGUUGCGGACGUAUGUGGAGAUCAUGCUGUAAAAUUGGAGAUCGCUGGAACCCCAUAUCGGCUAUAUUCGAUUGUACAUCUAUCGAAGCUGAAGAAGGUAAAGACGCUCCUUGAACGGCCGAAGGAAUAG